CGUAACUGCGGAGCGAACGAGCUAGAGGAAGGGAAAAUGGCGGACCUCGAAGACGUAACGCUGGACGGGAGGCCGCUCCAUUCUUUAAGGGUAGCCGAUUUAAAAGCUGCGCUAGAGGAGAGAGGUCUUCCUAAAAGUGGACAGAAAAAUGCUCUUGUCAAGAGACUCAAAGGGGCCCUCAUGCUGGAGAACCUCCAGAGAACCUCCACUCCUCACAUUGGACUGCAGCCAAACUCUCAGAUUGGGGAGGAGAUGAGCCAGAACAGCUUCAUAAAGCAAUAUCUGGCUAAGCAACAGGAACUCUUGCGACAGCGUCUGGAGAGGGAGGCCAGAGAGGCUGCGGAAACUGACGAACAAGAGAAUCUUACAGAAGUCAACAACAGCUCCUCCUGUCCUGCAGACCAGGAUGUCGCACCUGUGUCGGGUGACCAGCCGAAGCCGCUAGUCCCCCCUGAGGGAGAGGCACCAGCAGGCCCAGCAAGCAUGGGAGAUGGGUACAGAGCCAGAGAAGGUCACGUGUCUGGAGGACCACUCGCUCCUUCCUCACCUACCUCUGCCCCCGGUGCCGUCGCCCCAUUGCGUGUUGCUGGUGGCGAGCAGCGACCAGAGAGGGUUCCCACUUCCAGCCAAGUCCCAGAUGAUAGCGAUGACGAUGACAGUGACGGAGGGGAUGAGGACGGUGAGGACGAUGACUGGGACGCGAAUGCCAGGAGGAGGAGGAGUCUCGGAGAGCCGGCAAGAGGCCAGCCUGCAAGAGAGAGGUCUGGAGGAUCCCACCAGCCCCCUCCCCACAUUCCUCAACUGUUGUCCCAACAACUUCGCCAACCCACCCCUCCACCCUCCCCUCCCCCAGAAUUAUCAUUCCCUCUGCCUGAUACUCCCAAACAAAGCCCCCCGAGCCCAGGUGAGCCCCCAGCUAGGCAGCGUACUUCCAGUACCUCCAGCUCUGGCUCCUCAAGCAGUGGCAGCCGUAGCAGCAGCCCAGAGCCACAGAGCGGCCAUGUGGAUCGCAAGCCUGGUCCGCUGACCUUGCUCGCCCGCAAAAUGGAGUCAGAAGGUGCUUUCUCUGGAGCUGGGUGGCACGGACGUGUGGAUGGAGAGAGGCAGGACAGCAGUGCUGCAAAUGCAACGGUGUUUCCUGGCAGAGGUCCUCAAGAGGGCACAGUGUCGGCCAUCACCCAUACUGCCAAUCCUGCAGCAGGCCUGCCCUACUGUAGUAUGAUCCCAGGAAAGAACCAGGGAGUCCUGGGAGUCCAUCUCACCCAUGGUCAAGUCCCUGUGAGUGUUCUAAGGGCCACUGGCAUGGAAGAGAGAGACAUGGAUAGGGAGCAGCAGAUUGAGAGAGAAAGAGAGAUGGCGCUUGAGCAAGAAAGACUUCAAGCCCUGGAGUUGGAAAGACAAGAGAGGCAAAGAUUAUUUGAGCAAGAGCGUGCCAUGGAACAGGAAAGACAGAAAGUUUUGGAGAAAGAGAGGGAGGAGAGAGAGCGAGCUUUGGAGCGAGAGCGAGACGAAAGAGAGAGGCAGGAGCAGGAGAGAGCGUUGCAGCGAGAAAGGGAAGAGAGAGAGAGGGCUUUAGCAAAAGAACGGGAAGAGCGAGAGAAGGCGCUCGCAAGAGAGAGGGCUCUACAGCUGGAGAGAGAGAAGGAGUUGGAGAGGCAGAGAGUCUUGGAGCAAGAGCGUGCUAUGCAGCAAGAAAGAGAGGAGCGAGAAAGAGCUUUGCAAAGAGAGAAGGAGGAAAGGGAGAGAGAACUGCAGUUGGAGAGGGCCAGAGCUUUGGAACUGGAAAGAGAGAAGUUGGCAAGAGCUCUAGAGCAAAAAAGGAUUGAGAAGGAGACAGCCUUGGAAAGAGAGAGGAUGGAGAGGGAGAUGGCAUUGGCCCGUGAGAGGGAGGAAAGAAUGAGAGAGGAGAGAGAAAGGGUUUUGAUGCAAGAGAGAAUGGAGAGGGAGAGGGCACUGGAGCAAGAAAGGAUGGAGAAGGAGAGGGCAUUGGAGCAAGAACGCUUGGACCGAGAGAAGGUUUUAGAGCAAGAAAGGCUGGAGAAGGAGAGGGCUCAGGAGAGAGAGAGGCUGGAAAAGGAGAGGGCUCAGGAGAGAGAGAGGUUGGAGAGGCUGGAGAAGGAAAGAGCUCAGGAGAGAGAGAGACUGGAGAGGCUGGAAAAGGAGAGGGCUCAAGAGCGAGAGAGGCUGGAGAAGGAGAAGGCUCUUGAGAGAGAGAGGCUGGAGAAGGAGAGGGCUCAAGAGCGAGAGAGGCUGGAGAACGAGAAGGCUCUUGAAAGAGAGAGGGAGAUGGAGAAAGAAAAAGACAGGGAAAGAGCUCUGGAACGUGAACGCCAGGAGAUGGAGAGGGCUCUGGAGCAGGAGAAAACCCUGCAGAGAGAAAAGGAGGAGACGGAGAGAGCUGUAGAACAAGAGAAAGAAAGGCUUAAAAUGGCAGAGAGAGAGAGGGAGAGUCAUCUUCCUCCAUGGAAGCGAGGUCGUGAGAUUGGUCUCACCCCCCUGCCCACUCCUCCCCCCCUCUCCACAGGAGCAGGUAGAAUGGCGAAAACAGAGGGAAGAGAACAGGAGGGUGGGGAGCCUGAGGCAACACGGAGGGACAACCAGCCCGCAGACUCUGGUACACCCCUGUCAAGUCUUAAGACACCUCUGUCCCCCCAGUCUUCUUCCAAGAAGUCCCGUUUCUUGAGAGACGCCCCACUUCUUCCCCCUUCUUCCUCUGCGGUCAUCAAAAGGCCUCGUACCUUUUCAGACGGCCCACAUCCUCAGGCCUCUCCCUUCAGCGAGGAAGGGCCCCAGGCUUCUGAGAAGGCAGUGCUCCAGAUGCCUUCCAGACAGGGCGUUCUUGUGUCAGCGCCACCGGUAGCCUACGGGUCUGGGGUUAUCGCCUCGCUGUCCAGUCAUUCUCAUGGAGACAAUACUCAAAUCCUGACAUCAGAGGGGAAUGUCCAAAUGGACAAAGGGGAGACAGAGAAACGUGCACUUGAAGAAAUGGCUAAAAAAGGAAAAGGCGUGGAUGCCGGAAAGAUCCCUUCAAGUCCAGCAGGGGCCAAGCUGCCUCUGUCAUCCCCGCCAGAGGCAGGUGAGGCAGAGCGAAGAAGGGGCAGAGACGAGAAGAGGGAAGAGAAGCGAGGCACGCGUGCUUCCUCAUCCAGUGACUCCUCGUCCUCAGACUCUGAUUCGGGGUCGUCCUCUUCUCGUUCAUCUGGGUCGUCCUCGUCCUCACAGGACAAAGCCCACGCCACUGCCAGUGGUAGAAGGUCUGAGAAACCUCAAAGAAACAGCUCAGCCCAGGAUAAGAAACCUGCCCGGCAUGAGAAUUCAACAGAGACCCCAAAAGUCCCUCUUUGCAAGAGGGGGGUGUCUGAGAAGGAGGACAUGUCCACCGAUGGAGACAAACACAGCAAGAAGCCGUUCCAUGGAAAAUCGACUGGAGAAGAUGACCGGCAGAGGAGUGACAAUAGUGAUGUGGAGGAAGACGGAGGAGAGACAGCCAGGGAGGUGAAGCGGGGUGCCAUGGCAGAGUCUGAGAAGGCCCCAGAGGCCGGUGAGGAGAGCCUGACACCCAAGGCCUUUACCGCCCGCAAGAUCUCCCUCAGCAGCAGUAAGGCCUCCCCAGGCGCCGGGAACACAGAGGGAGAGGUGGAGUCUGGAGGUGCAGCAGGGAGGAAGAGGAGGUGGGGCUCCAGCACUGCCGUCACCGCCAAGAAACCCUCCAUCAGCAUCACUACAGACUCCCUGAAGUCUCUGAUCCCAGACAUCAGGCUAUGUCCAGGCCAGGAUGCGGUGGUGGAUCUGCACCCAGAGGAGGCUCACCUCUCUGGGGGAGAGGAUGACAACAGGGAGCUCCCUGACCAGGAGCUCAAGAUCAGACGCACCGUGACACAGGUGGUUCCCUCGGAGAGUCAUGAGAACGGCCAAAAGGAGGCUAAGAGGAGCCGGCGUGAGGACGAGGAGAGGGAGGACGGAGGGGAGCUGAAAGCCGAGCGUGAGAGAGGGAAGAGCCACGAGGAGAAGAUGAACAGUUUGUUCCCGGGCGCCAUGGAGACACAGUCCCCAUCUCCUCCCAGUCAUGACAUUGACAUGGACACAGUUACCCCUGGAGACACGCUGAUCCGUCGCUCCAUCAGCCAGCAGAAGUCUGGCGUGUCCAUCACCAUCGACGACCCUGUCCGCACAACCAGGCAGCCCUCUCCACCACGGGGCAAAGUCUCCAACAUCGUCCACGUGUCUAAUCUGGUGCGGCCGUUCACCCUGGGCCAGCUGAAGGAGCUGCUGGGCCGGACGGGCACCGUGCUGGAGGAGGGCUUCUGGAUUGACAAGAUCAAGUCCCACUGCUACAUCACCUACCUCAGCCCAGAGGAGGCCGUGGCCACGAGAGCAGCCCUCCAUGGGGUGAAAUGGCCUCAGAGCAACCCCAAGUUCCUCAAUGUAGACUUCAGCCAGCAAGAGGAGCUGGACUUCCACAGAGGCCUGUCCACAGACGAGAAGGCGGGCGAUGAGGCGGCGGCUGGGCCCGGUCGAGGCCGGCCAGCCGGGCCAGCCCCCCUCCUGCCGGAGCGAGAGCAGUGGGCGGAGCGCGAGCGUGAGAUGGAGCGCAGGGAGAGGGCCAGGGCCGAACGGGAAUGGGACAGGGACAAGGUCCGGGACUUUGGCAAGCCAGGAGAGGAGCGGGAGGGAGGCCCCAGGAGGUCCCGGUCCAGGGAGAGGAGGCGUAAGGAAAGGGGCAAGAGCAAGGAGAAGAAGACUGACAAGAAGGAGAAAGCUGCAGAAGAGCCCCCAGCCAAAAUGCUGGAUGACCUCUUCUGCAAAACCAAAGCAGCACCUUGUAUAUACUGGCUCCCCCUUACAGACGACCAGUUUGCCCAGAGGGAGGCAGCCAGAGCCGAGCGGGUAAAGGAGCGAGAGAGGAAGAGGAAAGAGAUGCAGGACGAAGAGGACAAGAAAAGGGAGGAGGAGCGUAAAGAGAGGAUGAAGGCCGGCGGUGGCACGGGCGGGGACAGAGGGGAGGGAGAGAGGGGUGACCGAGACCGGGACAGAGAGCGUGACAGAGGUAGGGAGAGGGAGGGGGACAAGCGUAGGGAAGCAGGCUACCGCAGGCCAGGGGGCAGCAGUGCAGUGGGGGGCCGGCGCUCUCGCAGUCGCAGUGACCCCCCUCCGCGAGACAGGCGGCGCUAAGUAAAAGCAGCCAGUGUGUGGAACUGUCUUAACCCCUUCCUCAUCACUGUUCCUUUGUCACUUCCUCUACUUUGUUACAAGUAAGAUGCCACCCCCCACCCCCCUCAGAGGACCAACUGAUGUAGUCUCCGUCUCCUCAACAGUCACUUUUUUAAAGCACAUACGCAUACACCCACACACAGAUAUCCAUGCCCACAUAGGGACCAUGACCUUAGCAGUGUUGGCUCCCACAGGGCCGUAUGUCUUGCUCAAAGUCCAAGUUAAUUUUUACUUAAUUUCUCUUUCCUCCAUUUGCCUUUUUUCUUGUAAUAUUUUUGUCAUCUUGGCUGAAUAGCUGUCUGACAGCCGUUGCCUAACUUCCCCUCUCUUCCCUGUGUCCUUAACAUGAAAGUGCAGAGCUUCAGUAUGUUGGCCCCCUUGCUAGUGAUUUUGCGGCUUAUUUCCGUUGGGAGCUAGUCUACUUCUGCGUGCUCUGGCAGUGACAUCUUUAGACCCAGAAACACACCCUAGCCUAUCCAGCCUAGCCUAUCCAGCCUAUGUACAUAAGUGGAUAGAAAAGGAAAAUGCUAAAAAUGAUAUGCAUUUGCAAGGCGGUGCAAACGUUCUACAUUUCGUACUGGAGGGCAAGCUGGGUGUAUAACUAUGCUGCUAUCCAGUCCUUUCAGGUCUACACAAAGACGUAGGGGGGAUUUCUAGACAAAAACCUCGUUCCAUGGUUGGAAAGACAAGUUAUGCUGUGUUCUCUAUCUCCUUUUGUCCUUGUUCGGUUGAGACUUUUUUUCUUGCAGGAGGUUGUUGAUGAGCUGUCGACCUGGCACAGGUUUCUCUGCUGCCCUGUGAUGUGUUCCUUGUCCAGCCUCAACCUCAAAUUCUGUUCUCCUUUGUCAAAGCAGUCCGGAGAAGGGGGGUGCAUAUUAUAAAAUCUCAAGUUGUUUUAAUAUUGUUUUUUAUAAUCAUUUUAGUAUGAAAGCUUACUUUGUUCUUUUUUAUUUUCAUUUAUGUUUACGCCUGUAAGUGGUGAAUGUACAAAUAAUAAAAAGUCAAGUUUGAAAAA